CACCAUCCCCCCUUCUGUCCUUUUAACUCAACGUCUCUCUCCUCUUUCAAUGUCGUUUCUAAAUAUUCCUUUUGGCACAUUCUCAUCUGCAUUCUGAUCCCAGCCAUCUACUAUCACCUUGCCUGGGAAAACAAGUAUGUGCUCCGUGUAAAGUUUCGUUAAAUCAACAACUUAGGGUUUCUGUCAGACAUUAGAAUCGGUUUUUGCCGGGAUUUUGGUGGGAGACACAGUCUCUGGCAGCCAUGGCCACUAGCUUGCCUAUGAGUCCUCGGCUGGAGCAGAUCCACGGUGAAAUUCGAGAUAUUUUUCGAGCCCUCGCUAAUGGCUUCCAGAAGCUCGAUAAGAUUAAAGAUUCCAAUAGACAAAGUAAGCAGCUGGAAGAACUCACAGGGAAGAUGAGGGAUUGCAAAAGGUUGAUAAAAGAAUUCGACCGUGAACUUAAAGAUGAAGAGGGCAGAAAUACCCCGGAAGUGAACAAACAACUCAAUGAUGAAAAGCAAUCCAUGAUCAAGGAGCUAAACUCUUAUGUGGCAUUGAGAAAAACAUACAUGAGUACCAUUGGUAAUAAGAAGCUUGAACUUUUUGACAUGGGAGCAGGAGCCAGCGAGCCUAUUGGUGAAGAAAAUGUUCAAAUGGCAUCAGCAAUGUCAAAUCAAGAACUCAUCAACGCUGGGAUGAAAACAAUGGAUGAAACUGAUCAGGCUAUUGAAAGAUCUAAGCAGGUUGUGCAUCAAACAAUUGAAGUGGGCACUCAAACUGCUACAACCUUGAAGGCCCAAACUGAUCAAAUGGGCCGUAUUGUUAACGACCUGGAUUCAAUUCAGUUCUCAAUUAAGAAGGCCUCCCAACUUGUGAAGGAGAUUGGGAGACAGGUGGCUACGGAUAAAUGCAUCAUGCUUUUUUUGUUUCUAAUCGUCUGCGGUGUAAUUGCCAUAAUUGUUGUGAAGAUUGUGCAUCCAAGCAACAAAAAUAUCAAGGAUAUUCCUGGGUUGGCGCCUCCAGUUCCCUCUAGGAGGCUUUUGUAUGCAAGGAAUGGACAACAUUUACGUUGAUUAGUAGUUCUCAGUUUAAUGUUUCUCUCCAUCCUAACCCCCUGAUUCUUGUUCUUAUGGAUGGGAAAGUCAAAGCUUUGUUCAUUUAUUGCUGUCUGGGGCCGUCAUUCGGGUCUCUCCAUUUAAUUCAAAUUUUUUUAAAAACAAUUCUUGCCGGCCUGUGCAUAUCCUGUUUGUGAUUUAGGUAAAUCAUACGAGAGCCUUUUGCUUUAUUUUGAGUGGCUUGCUAUUUUUAUGUAACAUUUCAGAUUUGUUGUAGGGUUAGAAAAAAUGUACCUUCCUGUGAGAUUCCACCUUGUACAUUUUCCAUUCAUUGAUCUGUGGCCAUUUUCCAUUUUUGUUGAUGACUGUACUUUUACCUGUAAUCUACUGUGGGUUUUGCGCAUCA